UACAUCAUUUUAUUCCCUUCCUUUUAUUCAAUUUUCCUAAUUACCUAAAUCCACUUUUUUCGCCUUUCGGCGGUCUACAGCUUAAAAGCCAUCACUCUCACACCCAAAACGAGCAACAAUUUAACAGCGACCAGAUCUGCUCUAUCUGAAACACACAUUGACGGGGUACAUAAAACGAGAAUUACACGGAUACAAGGGGGGGAGAGGGUUGGGGGCAAUGGAUGAGAAAUUAAUACAGAGAUUGGAGUCGGCGGUGGCGCGUCUUGAAGCUCUGUCGUGUGGACGAGGUGGUUCGCCGGAUAUUGGCGGAGAUGCGGCUUCCUUGGAUCCGUCCAUCGUUGCAUAUGAGGAUCUCAUAGCGCAAUUCGUUGGUAGGGUUUCGAGUGCUGCGGAGAAGAUUGGAGGACAGGUUCUGGAUGUUACUAAGAUCAUUGAACAGGCUUUCUCCACUCAGAAAGAGCUUCUAAUCAAAGUCAAGCAGUCUCAGAAACCUGACAUGGCAGGUUUGGUUGAAUUUCUCAAACCACUGAACGAGGUGAUUGUGAAAGCAACAAAAAUGACUGAAGGAAGGCGAUCUGAUUUCUUCAACCACUUGAAGGCUGCUACUGACAGUCUAACUGCUCUGGCAUGGAUUGCAUACUCCGGAAAGGACUGUGGUAUGAGCAUGCCUAUUGCACAUGUUGAAGAAAGUUGGCAGAUGGCUGAAUUUUACAGUAACAAGAUCCUUGUGGAGUACAGAAACAAGGACGCGAAUCAUGUCGAAUGGGCCAAAGCCUUGAAGGAGCUUUACAUACCAGGAUUGAGGGAUUAUGUGAAGAGCCAUUAUCCCUUGGGCCCUGUAUGGAGUGCGUCAGGGAAAACUGUAGUUUUUGCAGCUACAAAGGCUUCUGCAUCUGGUGCACCUGCCCCUCCACCUCCACCACCAGCUUCCCUUUUCAGUUCUGAACCUCCUAAGCCUUCAUCCUCACAGCCAAAGGAAGGGAUGGCUGCUGUAUUUGAAGAAAUUAAUUCUGGAAAGCCAGUGACUUCUGGAUUGAGAAAGGUCACAGCUGAUAUGAAGACGAAAAACCGUGCUGAUAGAAGUGGUGUUGUAAGUGCUGGUGAAAAAGAAAGCCGGGUUAGUUCGUCCUCUUUCUCAAAAGCAGGACCUCCAAAAUUAGAGCUUCAAAUGGGUCGUAAAUGGGUGGUAGAAAAUCAAAUUGGGAAAAAGAACUUGGUAAUUGAUGAUUGUGAUGCAAAGCAGUCUGUGUACAUCUUUGGGUGCAAGGAUUCUGUCCUUCAGAUCCAAGGAAAAGUUAACAAUAUAACAAUUGACAAAUGCUCUAAGAUGGGAGUUGUAUUUAAGGAUGUGGUGGCAGCUUGUGAGAUUGUUAACUGUAAUGGCAUUGAGGUGCAAUGUCAGGGUUCAGCUCCAACAAUUUCAGUGGAUAAUACAGGUGGUUGCCAGUUAUAUUUGAGUAAAGACUCUCUGGGAGCGUCUAUAACAACAGCUAAGUCGAGUGAUAUCAAUGUCUUAGUGCCUGGUGCUGGGCAAGAUGAUGAUUGGGGGGAACACGCUUUGCCACAUCAGUAUGUUCAUGUAUACAAGGAUGGUCAAUUUGUUACUACUCCGGUCUCCCAUUCUGGAGGGUAAAUGAGGAGAGUUCUCCCACUAAUUGCUGAUAAUUCUCCCAUCAUUUGUUUUUGGUUUCAAUACCUUUGUAAGGUCGAGUGUCGAUUUCAUUUAUUUCAUUCUUGGUGACAUUUGGAUCUACACUUUUUUCUUUUGGGUCCCAAGUGCUUUUAGUUAUGGUGCUUUUUAUUUCGCUUCUGUGCGGCAGAGCAUCUUGGCUGUGUGAGAUUUUAGUGUUUUGUGUUUUUUCAUAUGUUAGCGAUCUGAAUCUUUGUCAUGGUCAUGUACGCACUUCUCUGAUUAUGGUUGUGGCUUGAGUCAAAUACAUGAUACUACUUUUGAGAGCAA